AAUGAAGUCUGGCCUCAUCCUCCACCAGCAGUUGCUACGGCAUCUUGGCGGGGGAGGGCGGCGGCGGCGGCUGUUCGGAGCCACUACUGCUGCUUACAGCACCAACACUGGCAGCUCGCCGGACCAGGACGGAGCGGCCGCGGCCACCGUGACCGCCGACGACUCGGCUGCGGAGAAGAAAAUACAAAAAGCAGGCCUUCUACCAAGUCUGGAAGAUCUUCUAUUUUAUACAAUUGCUGAAGGACAGGAGAGAAUUCCAAUUCAUAAGUUCAUAACUGUCCUAAAAUCAACAGGAUUGCGUACAUCUGAUCCUCGACUGAAGGAGUGUAUGGAUAUGCUCAGAACAAAUGUGCAAGCAGCUUCUGACGGGGUUCUGCUUGACAAAGAACUCUUUAAAAAAUGUGUUGGAAGCAAUAUUGUGUUGCUCACUCAAGCUUUCAGGAGGAAGUUCGUCAUUCCAGAUUUUGAUAUAUUUUCUUCCCAUAUUGAUGGUCUUCAUGAGAUUGCCAAAAAAAUGACAGGAGGAAAGGUUGCUGAUUAUAUUCCACAGCUGGCUAAGUUUAGCCCGGAUUUGUGGGGUGUGUCCCUGUGCACAGUGGACGGGCAAAGGCAUUCAGUUGGAGAUACCAAAGUUCCCUUUUGUCUUCAAUCCUGUGUGAAACCAUUGAAAUAUGCAGUUUCUAUCCAUGAUCUUGGGACUGAGCAUGUUCACAAAUUUGUUGGCAAAGAACCCAGUGGAUUACGUUUCAACAAACUCUUCCUGAAUGAAGAAGAUAAACCCCACAAUCCUAUGGUUAAUGCUGGGGCUAUUGUGAUAACUUCCCUUAUUAAGCAUGGACUCGGCAAUGCUGAAAAAUUUGAUUAUGUUACACAAUUCUUGAAUCAAAUGGCUGGAAAUGAAUAUGUUGGCUUUAAUAAUGCAACGUUUCAGUCGGAAAGAGAAACGGGAGACAGAAAUUUUGCCAUAGGAUACUACCUAAAGGAAAAGAAGUGUUUUCCAGAAGGCAGUGAUAUGACUGGUGUACUGGAUUUCUAUUUUCAGCUGUGUUCCAUUGAAGUAACCUGUGAAUCAGCCAGUGUAAUGGCAGCAACACUGGCCAAUGGUGGCAUCUGUCCAAUCACAGGAGAGAGGGUUCUGAGUCCAGAGGCUGUUAGGAAUACAUUGAGUCUGAUGCAUUCAUGUGGCAUGUAUGACUUCUCAGGGCAGUUUGCCUUUCAUGUGGGUCUUCCAGCAAAAUCUGGAGUUUCAGGAGGCAUUUUGCUGGUAGUGCCAAAUGUGAUGGGCAUUAUGUGUUGGUCUCCACCUUUGGACAAACUUGGCAACAGUGUGAGGGGUAUUCAGUUUUGUCAGGAUCUUGUCUCGUUAUUUAACUUCCAUAAUUAUGACAAUUUGCGGCACUUUUCAAAAAAACAUGAUCCACGGAGGGAAGGUGGUGAAGUAAGGCAUUCCUUCGGAUCAAUGGAUUAUGAAAGUCUCCAGAAAGAGCUUGCACUUAAUGGGAUUCUAUGGAGAAAAGUAUCAACUGAACCAAAUGAGGAAGACUCUUCCACUACCGUUGUAUAUAGAAUGCAAGGUCCUGCUGUAAGAAACUAAAACAGUUGGAUUUGAUUCAUGUUUUUGCUGCUCUUGAAAACUUUUGAUUGAUUCUGAUGCAAUUAUUUGUAUGCACAAAAGUAUCAUAUAAUAACUUUGAGUAAGCUCAUUUAUAUUUUGCUUCUAUUCUAUUGUUUCUUGCACACAGUAAAUAAUGCAGUUUGCUCUUGUGCUGUGAGCUUUGAAAGCAUCACUCCCAAAUUUUUUUUUGCAUGUAGGUCUGUUAGCCAAUGCUACAAAUGCGACUAUCUCUCUGCUCCUGCUCAAUGUCCAGCUUGGGACUGCCCUGGGAAAUAUUUAAGCCUUGAUAAUUAGCUACGAUCAGAAGCUCAGAGUUGGUCCCUUCAGCUGAUUUGUGUUUGUGCUGGUCAUCAAGUGCCUGUCUAUUCUAAUCCUCUUCUGGCACUUGCCCACAUUCUUCAGUGGUAUGCUCUCAAGUAGUUAUCUAAUAUUUAAAUGUGAGAGUAUCUUUCUCGAUCAUCCCUUUAUGGUGUCCUUUACAUCCCAAUAUAGUUGCCCUAAAUUUCUCUUAGUAUUUGGUAUGGUUCAUUUUUGAUUUCUCCUUUACUAUCCUGUAGCCAAAUCAUCCAAAUAUAUAAUGUUGGCUUGCAAAGGUUUUUGAAACCAUGUUCUAUCACAUCACCACUGUGUUUAAUUUCUUUGCCAGAUUUUAAAGGGCACAGUUAUUACUGUCCACCUAUAAAAUUUGUUCUUGACCAUAAAUUCCAUCCUCCCCACUGGUUAUGUUGAGCUGAAACAGAUGACCCAGAUUUUGCUGCAUAAUUUUGUCUCUGCAAUCUUACAAUUGAUAUCCCCCACUUUCACAACGUCAUGCUUGUUUAUGAGCCUUUGCUGCCUCACCCUUGGCUUUGCUGUUGAUAACUUUUAUCUUCAAUUUUAGGCUCGGCCAUUCAAUGAGUUCUGAGCUGGUAUCCCAACUCCAAUCCACUAUACGUGACCUCAUUAGUAUUUUACUGCUAAAUCGUAGUAGUACUAAAGGUUGCUUGCCCAUCAGCCCAUUCUCUGUAACUAUGUUGGUUCUGAGUUCAUCAUUAUGCAAUCAUGCCCUUGCCUCUGUUAUCUCUAACUACUACUCCCAAUCCAGAAUUUGUUGAACCAAAACUUAAAAUAUUUCCCACUCCCUGUGAUACAUUAUUUGCAAUUUUUUGGGGUCUUGAGGUCACAUUCUUUCCUCUAACCUUCUGCCUUUCCAUUCCUAACUUUUCAGAUCCUCAAUUUCUGUUCCUGAACUAACUGCUCUGGUCAUCCACCCAAAUUUCAUUCCUAUGCUUUGUUCUUGUCUGGUUCUGCCCCAUGUUAAGUAUUAAUACAUACAUGAAGCAUGUCUCUUUAGACUAUUGAAACAUACCUACAAAGGUGUAUUAGGUAUGGGGAAAUGCAAAAAUAUAAAGGGUGCAUUGACAAUUUAUCUUUGCUUGUUGAAAAGUUCCUAUUUUAGGAGUUUUUUUGGUGGGCGUUUUCUCUCUCUAAUUAACCUUCCUUUUCUCUGAUAACUGGAAAAAUGGCCAAUUGAAGAGUUGAGUCUGCCUUUCUCAGUAGUGUUAGGGCAAAACUGAAUGAGACUGGUUUCUGCAAAGAACAUUUCAUGAUUGAGAAAAUAAGGCUUUCGGCAGUGGUGGUGGUUGGCAUUGUUGCGUUUGCAUUUGGCGCACACACUUGUAUGUAUGAAUGACUGGAUUGGAGUAGGUUACAGAGAAAGAGCAUAUUGUUCUAUCUAGUCUUUGCAGGCUGGAUAUUUCUUUUGGAGACGUGUUUGGCAGGAGGCUAUGGACAUAAUAUUGGAAAUGGGCUUAGCUGCAUAUUUAAUGCUAGAGUUUUAUAUACAGUUUAAUCAACAAAUGGCACAUUGCUGACUAAAAUUAAGAUUAAUCUGUACAGUGAAUAGUAUUACAUGUAGUCAAGCUGUAAUAUUGAAACUGCCAGGAAAUAUUUAUUACAAAAAUAUUUGAUUUUAAUCCAAGUGAGGCUGUCAUCAUUGCAUCUUCUGGAUUUUUAUUUCUGGCUGGCAGAUACUAUAAAUGUAUUAUGCUAUGAAUAUCGUCUAUACUUGUCAUAUUAUAAGGUGUGUGUGGCGGUGCAUGAACAAAAAAUAAGGACAUCGGCAAAGAACUGUUCAUAACCAGAAUUUCUCAGGACCGAAACAUUAUAGUGAAGUAUUUGCAAAUCAGAAUUAAAUAUCUGAUUAGUCCAGACAGGUAAAAUAAUCUGGAUUUUAGAACUGACAGAUCGUAGAAUUGUUAGAUCGGCACUUUAAUAGGAAUAUUUGUAUGGAGGACGUGUGUUGGCAGUUAACGUAGAUUAUUUGCCUUUGGAGAUUUGGGAUUGAAUUAAAUGCAUUUGUAUUUCAGAGCAGCCAUGAUGUAAUAAAUUGUGGGGUAGGUUUAUGAGACUGGAUAGCACAAUCCUGAUCUGUAGAUUCUGUUAGCUGUUGGUACUGAAAGAUUAAUUUGUAGUUUCAUCAAAUAGUGCCGUUUGCAAUUUUGACACUUUACAGUAUACCACACAGUUUCCUUUUGAUCUUUCAAAUUGAAAGAUGUUUACAUUUCCAAGUUUUUAUUAUUAAGAGCAUGAUAUAAAUGAGUGUUAUCAAAGGAUUACUCUACGGUUAGGAUAUAAAAUCAAUAUUAAUGCUCAUAAAUUUGCUUGCUGAUUUGCUAUGUUUCUUUACAAAGUACUCCAAACAUUAGUAUUUCUAUAGUUGAAGUUGAAAAAAUAUAUAUGUAUAAAGCAACACUUUUAUUUGCAAUGUAACCUAUUUACCAAAGACUGACUUCCACAUAGAUUUUGAACAUAGAUAAUUAAAAAUUAAGAUCACCACACAUGGGUAUCUCUGCAAACAUUCUGGCUUUUGGGCUCCUGGUCUAGGAAAUUAGCAUGUAGAUCAAUUCAUUUAAAGCAAGAAAUUGGAAUACUAAUAGCACAUAAAUUGCUUGCCAUUUCUUAUUGCACUGAAAGACUUUGUGUUUUGCGGUGUAGAAUUGAAGCUUGCUUGACUUAAGUAGGCAAUCCUUUUUUUUCCCCCCAAAAAUAAAUGUUUGUAAUUGAUUUAAUUCCAUGCAUAUAUUCCAGAAACUGUAUGCAGCUAAAGCUACGACUGCAAUGUCAUUGAUUGCACUUAUUUUUGUCCCAAUUUAAACCAUGUUGCUUUUAACAUUGAUUUUGUCAUCUUUUUCUAUCCACAUUGUGAAUGUGGAAACUGUAUAUUGAUCCUUCAGUUUUUCAUGUUAUCUGUAUAUUUGAAAUUCCAGCAAAGUACAUUCUAAUAUUCAUAUAUUUGUAACUAUUAUGCUGCAAAACGGGUGGUUGUGUGGCAGUUGCUAACAUCUUGAUAGUCAAUUGAAAUGGUAGCUUAAAGACUUGGAUGUCCUGAGAGUAUUCUGUAAGAUGCAGGUAAAGAAGUAUUCUAUUACAGAAAGUGUUAAGCAAAGAUCAUAGAGCCUUUGGUGUUAAGUGUUAAAUAAGAUGUACAAUUUUAAAAUGGUAUUAAUUUUGUAUCACUGGGCUUUCAAUGUUUUAUACUUGUUGCAUUUCUAGUGCAUUUUGUUUGUUUUGUAAUUUACUUUGCAACAGUAACCAACAUUUAUUUUAAGUUUGCGUAGUAUACUUUGUACUUAUUUUGUAUUUAAUAAAACAGCUUUAUC